GGUGGGCUGGCUGUGGCCUUUGCGGUAGCAUUAGCCUUAGCCUUUCGACUAUGCCGCCGAGACGUUACCCAUUCGCCCCGCUGUGAGUGCUUUUUUCUCCAUGGCUUCUGCUCAGGUUUACACCUGUUUAGAGUGUGGCAUGUAUAGCUUAGAUCCCUUAUCCACCGAUACUGGUAACAAUAGUGGUAUUUGUACUAAGUGUGAGAUAGUUAGCACCUUGGUGGAUAAGGUGAAUAAAUUAGAGCUGCACGUCCGGGGUUUAAUAAGGGAUAGACAGCAGGAUUCACUGUUAGCAGCCCCGGGUGUCUCAGGGAGAGUUAGUACCCCCUCGACUCCGGCCUUAGAGCCCUCACAGCGGGGCGAAUGGGUAACGUCUCGGCGGCAUAGUCGAAAGGCUAAGGCUAAUGCUACCGCAAAGGCCACAGCCAGCCCACCUAAACACCACGCUCCCCCAGUUCACGUGUCAAACAGGUUUGCCCCGCUCAGUGAAGCACCAACUGAGGAGCCUGUUAAAGGUACUCUGGUGAUAGGAGACUCUAUCGUCCGACACGUGAAAUUAGCUACUCCUUUAGGGGCACCAGCGGCAACAGUUACUUGUUUACCGGGAGCCAGAGCACCGGACAUUAGUGGCAACCUCAGGUUAGGGAAUAGGAGAUAUUCGAGGGUAGUAAUUCAUGUAGGGGCCAAUGAUAUUCGUCUGCAGCAGUCUGAAGUAACUAAGGCUAAUAUUAAAGAGGUGAUUAAACAGGCCCAGACGCUGUCCGAGGAGGUAAUCUGCUCUGGCCCCAUCCCAAUGAGGCGUGGUGAUGAAGCUUACAGCAGGCUUUCUUCGCUGAACCGCUGGAUGUCCAAGUGGUGUGCAGAAAAUCAUGUGGGCUUUAUAGAUAACUGGCUACACUUUGAGGGCAAGCCUGGUCUUUUAGGUAGGGAUGGUGUCCACCCCACGCGGGAGGGUGCUGCCUUACUUUCAUGCAGCAUAGCUCAUAGUCUUUUAGUUAGUCGGCAGAGUAGUAUUAGAAGCUGCUGACAAUCCAGAGCCGGGACCAGGCCGCAGACAGAGAGGCUUAACCGACCGUCUGCGAGCUGCAAAGAGACGUUACCUAGAUACCAAUGUAUUCAGACUGUGUCUGUCCCCCGAGUCAAACAAAAACAUCAAAAAACUAAAACAGUAAAUCUAAAUAACUUAACUUAUAUUAAACAAUCAUAUCCAGACUGUAGUACUAACAUUUCAAGCCUAAGGAUUGGUUUACUUAAUAUUAGAUCUCUAAAUUCAAAAGCAGUUCUGGUGAAUGAAAUGAUAACUGAUCAGAAAUUCGAUGUUCUGUGUCUGACAGAAACCUGGAUUAGGCCAAAUGAAUAUGUAGCAUUAAAUGAAGCCACCCCUGCAGGCUAUAAUUAUAUACACAAUCCGAGAUUGUCCGGUAGAGGAGGUGGGGUCUGCAUACUUUUCCAAAGUACCUUAGUUAGCAAUCAGAAACACUAUGAAAAUUUUACUUCUUUUGAGCUUCUUUACACCAGUAUAAUUAAUCCAGUUACAAAAAAGAAUGCAUUUUCUUUAAUUAACAUCUACAGACCACCAGGGCCCUAUUUAGAAUUUUUAAAAGAAUUUAGUGAUUUUGUCACAGACUUAGCAGUAAGUAAUGAUAAAGUGAUUAUAGUUGGAGACUUCAACAUUCAUUUCGAAAAAUUGGAUGAUCCAUUAAAAAAGGCAUUCACAUCGAUUUUAGACUCAGUUGGUAUUACUCAAAAUAUAACAGGACCUACUCAUUACUGUAAUCAUACUCUGGAUUUAGUUUUGACCCUGGGUGUGAGCAUAGAUAACCCGAAUAUUCGUUCUCAAACCUCCGCAAUUUCAGAUCAUUACCUUAUUUCAUUUAAAUUACAUCUUAGUCAUAAUAUAUGUACAUCCCCUAGCUACUCUGUAAAACGUUCAAUUACGCCUUUUACAGCCCAACAAUUUACAGAUAAGCUUCCAGACUUAUCAACUCUAAUGUACUCUCCUGUAGACCCAGUAGAACUAGACA